UUACAUGUAACCAUGGUUGUCUACCUAAUUUCUAACCAUUUGGCUAAAUGAAGCUAUUUUCUUCUAUUUUAAGUUUGAUAUAUACUAUAGUUAGAAAUGAAAAUCUUGUCAACACUAGCAUGGUGUAUGUUUUCUUGACUGAUGAUUUAUAUAUUGUAGAUUCACGAAAUACGUUUUACCAUGAUUAUGAAUAUUAAUCAGUACAUGUUUGUGAUGAAAAGUUGUAAGCUGUAGAUGAAAUCCAAAUCAGUUUUAUGCAUUUUUUGGAUGAAUUACAUGUUAGAUAUGCAUGUCUACACUCAUAUAUAGAUAUAAUUUGCAGGUAGUCGACUUUCUUUCUUUCUGAAGGAGGUGUUAAACGUAUAAUGGCAUCAACACUGGUUAAGUCAAAUAAGAUGAAGAGGAUGGAAUCAAAAAAGUCGCACUCGUGGUGGUGGAAUAGCCACAUUCGUCCCAAAAACUCUAAGUGGCUACAAGAUAAUCUUGAAGAAAUGGACCAGAAAGUCAGACUGAUGCUAAAACUCAUAGAAGAGGACGCGGAUUCAUUUGCUAGAAGGGCUGAAAUUUAUUAUCAGAAGAGACCAGAGUUGAUAAAUCUUGUUGAAGAGUUUUAUCGAAUGUAUCGGGCACUAGCCGAGCGUUAUGACCUUGUCACUGGAGAACUUCGGAAAAGUAUUCCAUCUGAACUCCAUUCUCAGGAAUCUGGAAUAUCUGAUGUGGGAUCUGAACCACCUUCCUCUUUGCCAUCUCCUGAUCGAAAGCCGAGUCGUCCUGAAUCCGGUGCUCGCUUUCUUGGUUCUGGUAGAAGUGGCUCAGAUUUAAAUAAAGGAGACUAUUCUUCUACAUCUGAUUCCGAAUCCAACUCAGAUGAUUCUUCUGGUAACAAUUACUCAGGCACACAGAGCAAUGAUGAGGAACAUGAGUUGCAUCAGAGGAUUACUGAAUUGGAGACUGAGCUUUCGGAUGUGAAAGAAAGACUCGAGAUGCAACAGAAAGAAAUUUCUGAAGGCUCGUUUGUGAAAUCCGCCAAUGGAAAUUCUGAAGCUCUUUCUCAAGUAGUGGCAUAUGAAGAAGAUUUGAGGAUUGCAAAGGAUAAGAUUCAGCUAUUUGAAGAGGAAAAUAGUCGUUUGUUGAUUGAGCUUCAGAAGUAUAAAGCUCUUAAAGAUGCUGAAGUGGAGCAAAAUCAGGUUAGAGAGCUUCAAGAAAGCACCGAUGGAUCAAAAGCUGAUGUUUUUGACCCAGUGAACAAAAUUCAGACGCUCAAGGAAGAGCUAAAAAUUACGCAAGAGAAGCUGCAUGAGUCGGAAAAGGAAGUUGGAAGCUUAAGGGAUGAACUUGAGAGCAAUGGGUCGUCUACUCCACAUUUUCAAGAUCAGCUUAAAUCGGCUCAAAAGGAGAUUUCCAUCUGGAUACUUAAACUUGAGAAUGAAAAAAGUGAGGUUUCAAAGCUGCAGGAUCGAAUAGAGAGCUACAAAUCCAAUCUUGCUGACAGAGAUCUAGAAAUCCGGGGAUUGAAUGAAGCAAUUUCAAAUGCCAGUAAGAGCUUAUCUGAAGAAAAUAAGCAACUUCAAUCAGAUUUAAAUAUAAUGUCAAAGGAACGAUCUUAUUUGGAGAAUACCCUAAAAGAAUUGGAUUUGCGCUGCCAAUCCUUAGAGGAGAAUGUCAGACAAACCGAAGCUGGAAAAGCAGAGAUGGAAGUUAUACUUGGAGCUCAAAUUGAGCAGUUGAAGGUUGAAAUUUCCAAGAAAAAAGACCACAUUGAAGAAUUAAAUAAAAUCCUAGAUAGGAAUCAACAGUCCUCUGAGUCUAUUGGGCUUUUGGCAAGUCCACAGCCUUUAACGAGUUUGAUAAGUUUUUACCAGUUACCGUUUGAACUUGACUAA